AUGACAUCCUCACUUAGGAAUGUGGUCGUCGUUGGCGGCUCAUACGUCGGACUUAACACAGCAAGAGAACUGAUGAGCAUUGUUCCACGAACACAUCGUGUCCUUCUCAUCGAGCCACAUACGCACUUUAAUCAUAUUUUCACCUUUCCGCGAUUCGCAAUUCUGCCUGGCCACGAACAGAAGGCUUUUGUACCAUACACUGGCGUCUUCCACAGCUCAUCUCGACACAAAGUCAUCGCAGCCCGAGCGAUUCAAGUGCAUCCAAAUCAUGUGGAAAUCGACAAGAAAUGGGAAGGCUCAAACAAAGUGCCUUUCGACUAUCUGGUUCUCGCAACCGGUACACGUCUCGCGGCACCAUCAAUGAUGCCCUACGAUGACGACUUCUCGUCAGUGCAGUACCUACAGUCAUAUCAGGACCAACUACGACAGUCUCAGAACGUGACAAUUGUCGGAGGCGGAGCCGUUGGUGUUCAGAUGGCUCUGGAUCUGAAGGAACUGUAUCCCGAGAAAGACGUCACAGUCGUCCACUCCAGAGAUCGCUUGAUGCAAGUGUUUCAUCCCAAACUGCACGAGAUCCUUCGCGAAGCGUUCGAAGAAAAAGGCAUCCGACUGAUCACGAAUACGCGAGCGAAGGUACCUACAGGAGGUUUCCCGAACGAUGGCCAGCCUUUCGAAGUCGAACUCCUCAAUGGUGAGCGGAUCGAAAGCGAUUUCGUCAUUUCAGCAACUGGACAGAAACCAAACAAUCAACUCGUGGACAGCUUGCCAACUUCACAUCCUAAUGGCUUGGUGAAUACCACAAACGGCUUCCUCGGUGUAAAGAAGACCUUGCAACUCCACGACGACACUUACCCCAACAUCUUCGCCGUAGGCGACAUCGCCGACACAGGAUUGCACAAAGCUGCCAGACCCGGUGCUGCUCAAGCGAAGGUUGUGGCGAAAAACAUUCUUUCGCUUAUACAACAGCAGAAAGCCGAAGCGGAGUAUGAAUACUCACCACGAGCCAUUCAUUUGAGUUUGGGAUUGAAACGGAAUGUUAUUUUCCGGAAUCCGAAUGACGUUGAAGGGCAGACUGAGCCUACGGUUAUUGAGAAAUUUGAUGGGAGAGAAGAUAUGGGUGUUGAGGGGAUGUGGGAGCGUUUGAAUGUGCCGGUUCAGAAGGUGCAAGAGGUGGAGGUUAGAGCUGAGCUUUGA